CUCCCAACGCAUAAAUAGCGGCGUGACCUGCUGCUGCUUCUUCUGUCCAUCAUCAAACAAUCCAACAUUCAAAUCAUCACAAUGAAGCUCAACUACCUCGCCGUUGCCGCCUCCCUUGGCCUGACUGCCGUCGCCCAGCCCACUGGCACCUGCGCGCCCUCCAAGCCCGACACCUUUGGCCUCGUUGCCAUCAGCUCCGGCGAUGCCGUCCAGUAUGCCGGCUUCAACGCCGCUCUGAGGAGCAUUUUUGCCGGCCUCCCCAGCCAGAACGCCACCUGCGACGGGACCGACGAUGGCUUCGCCACGUUCUACCUCAAGGACGGCGCCCUCUUCCUCUACGGCCCCAACGAGCAGCAGGUAUACGUCGACCGCUCCGGAAUGGGCCAAGGCAAGAUCGGAUACACCGUGAGCGGCGAGUCCGGCCCUCGCAACGGCGAGCGCACCGGCUGGGCCAUCAACGAGGACAACCACCUCCAGUUCGACGGCAGCGACCUCAUCGCUUGCCCCAACAGCAUUGAUGGUGCCUAUAGUAUCUGGGCCUCGGCUGGUAUCGAUAACCCGGCUGGCAACUCCGACUGCGUUGGCAUCGCCGCUCGCGUCGAGAAGGAGGCCGAGCCCACCAGCUGCUCCUACACUACUUCCCCUUAAUUCUGCAUGAUACAUACUCGAACCCUAGACGCCACACCCUGUACAUAGUCUCUCCUUAAUAUGUGGAUGGUGGAUGAAAUGUUGUGUUGAAAAUAUACCUGUACAAAAUAUAACUAAUGCAUACCUCGAGCUUCGGAAUUCCUCUUUCAGACAGUCGCGUCU